CUCUCUGUACUCCAAGAAGAAAACGAGAAAUUUCUCUGUAUCAAUAUAUUUCUAUACUUAGCUUCUUCUUUCAUUUGCACUUUGUAUUAAGCUAAGCGAUAGAGAUCGACAGUGGGACAAAAAACUAGAAUAAUCUGAGAAGAUGAUGUCUCCAAGGCAAACAUCUGAAGAUCGAGGAAGCUCUUCUCAUCCCGCUAAUUUCAGGCACACGCCAUUGCAGAUAAUCCACAUUAUUGGGAAUUUGUUGAGAAUAUGGUCGGUUUAUUCCAUGUACCGGUACUUGUCUGAAACAGGGGCUUCAGUUGUACUGUUUGUGUUCAGUUGUCUAGUUCCGUCGUCCAUUAUUUUCUUAGUUCUACAGAAGCCUUGGAAGGGAAGGCCAUUGUCCAAUACCCAGGUAGUGCCUUCUGUAAUAAAUGGUGGCAUAACAGCUCUGUACUUUAUAUUGUGGGGAAAGGGCCUGAAGACAUGCGGUCCUGCUAGGGCUAUUUUGGCUGAGUAUUCUGGUGCUGUUCUUGGAGUAUUAUCUGGAGUAUUGUAUGGAAAUAGAGGCCAUAUUUGGAAAAAGGUGGGCGGACUCGUUGCGAUGUUGGCUUCUUUCUACUUCUUAUCUCAAGGAUGGGCCAUGGCAACAUAUUCUCCAUUAUCUUUUAAUGAUAGCCUUGUUAAAGAACCUCAGACAGAACAAGGAUUGGGAAUGAAGGAAAUGGUAAUUCCCAUCUUUGCUGGAAUCUUAUCAGCAUUGAGAAGAGUGAUUGCAAGACGUGUCUCACUCAAGAAUCAACUUAAGAGGCGACUUCAUGCAAUAACUAUCGCUGCCACAACUUGUUUUCUGUUUCCUGUGGCCAUGUGGGACAUGAUUAUAGUAAUUCAACUAGGAGAGCUUCUAUCUGGAUCAACCAGCGUAGAGUUGCCAUUUUCUGCAUGGGCUUUUUCAAGCACUAUCCUCUUCGGAAUUAUACUUAUAUUUUAUGUUGACAGCAUUGCAGAGGAGAGAUUGCAUAUGGUUUUCUCUUCUCCAAGGCAUUUAAUGGUUGCUGGAGGAUGUAUAAUUGUCAUGGAGAUCGUGUACAAAAUGGACUUCUCUCUACCUGGCUUUUUAAUUUGCUCCACCAUAUUGGGAUUCGUUUCAGCCCUUAGAGCGGAAACAUGCCUUUAG